AUGAAGCUUUUGCGAGUUUCCGAGAUUGCUCUUCAAUCUGCGGUCGAUUCGUCGCUCGUUCUACUUUCCUUCCAGUUAAAAAUGAGCGUCGACGAUCAUCGAAGGUGGAGAACGGCGGGUCCUAUAUCGGGGGAUGAGGAAGGAGAAGGACGUUUUGAGAGCUCGGUGAAUGCGGUGCCGUUCUGUUUGGUGGCGACUGCAGUUUUAAUCUCCAUCUUUCUCUUACUGGCUCUUUUUGAGAGGUUCAUGUUCAUUAGAACAACUCAGUCUGCACCUUUCGACACAAAGAAUCCUCCUUUUGCUUCCCCUAAGAUGGGUGUGUGUGAGAGGGAAAUAUCAGUGUUGAUGCCUGGAGAAAAGGUUCCUACCUUCAUUGCUCAGCCAUGUCCUACCAUAUCCUCAAGAUCAUUCUGAAACCUUCCUUUUUUAAUUCUACC